AUGAAAAAUUCAACACAAUCUAUCUAUCUAUCUAUCUAUCUAUCUAUCUAUCUAUCUAUGCCCAUAACUAUCAGUCUGUUAAUAUCUAUCUAUCUAUCUAUCUAUCUAUCUAUCUCAUACACUUAUAUCAUGUUCAUAUCUAUCUAUCUAUCUAUCUAUCUAUCUAUCUAUCUAUCUAUCUAUCUAUCUAUCUAUCUAUCUAUCUCAGUAUGUUCUUUCUUUCUUUCUCAGUAUGUCCCUUUAUUACUUUAUUUCUUUCUUUCUUUCUUUCUUUAUUUAUUUCUUUCUUUCUUUCUCAAUAUGUUCUUUCUAUCUAUCUAUCUAUCUAUCUAUCUAUCUAUCUAUCUAUCUAUCUAUCUAUCUAUCUAUCAACAUCGAGCAUUAACAAGACUUUGCAUUACUUCUAUCUAUCUAUCUAUCUAUCUAUCUAUCUAUCUAUCUAUCUAUCUAUCUAUCUAUCUCAGUAUGUUAUUUCUUUCUUUCUUUCUUUCUUUCUUUCUUUCUUUCUUUCUUUCUUUCUUUCUUUCUAAGUAUGUUCCUUUAUUUAUUUAUUUAUUUAUUUAUUUCUCAGUAUGUUCCUUUCUUUCUUUUUUUCUCAGUAUGUUCUUUCUUUCUUUCUUUCUUUCUUUCUAUCUAUCUAUCUAUCUAUAUUUCAACAUCGAGCAUUAA